GGUAUCCUUAUACGGCACCUCCCUGCCACGUGGCACACGACAGACCACCAACUCCCCCCACGCACUCGUAAAGCUCAAAGUCACGAAAUCCGGGGUCAUCGUGUGUCAUACAGUAAGAAGUUAAGCCCCAAUUCGGCGGCUUCUUUGCAGCUCUCUACUUCUUCCCAGUCUACACCUCCACCGACCAGGGAAACAAAAUCGAUCAAGAUGAUUUCCGUCACAACGACCAAAAGUAAGCGUAGGCCUUCAUUCAGAGACUUCAUCAUCCGCGUGCGUGAUUUCAAGGCAUCCGUUUCUUCCGAGGGAGCACUACGGAGCUCUAAACCACGUCAGGGCUCAAGUUCUUCGUCAGAAGGCGAGAGCGCUCGGCAUACUCGCGACAACGUAGGAACGAAACACCAUGAACCAGUUGUAUUCGAUACUAGCAUCGCUAGAGAUCCGUUACUACUUAAGUUGGCUGUUGUCAUACACAGGCCUCCAACAAUGUCUCACGGUGUGAGCGCCGGAGGCCUGAAACAACACAUAUGGUCCUCGUCAUACAUCACGACCUCAGUCGCCGACCCACCACUCCCACCGUUCCGUUUGCUCGAUCUCCCCGGCGAACUACGCAACCAGAUCUACGAAAACAUCUGCAUCCUCCCGGACCCAAUCAACGUCGGCAAGAUGCCACGAUCUACGGCCCAAGGGCGCCCACAAACCAUCCUCCCCUCAAGCGAAACCGUACGCAACGUCCUCCGCUUCCUCGCCACCAACAUCCAAAUCAACGCCGAAGCCCUUCCCAUCUUCUACGGCCGCAACACCUGGGAAGUCGCCCACAACGCCACCACUGAACACAGCCCCUCUCCGCCAUGCACCACCACAACCACAGAGCCCACAUGCGCGCCUUCACAACCUUCUGGGCCGUCGCCGAUAUGACCCGCUGCACCUGCGACACUCACUACUACGAAGCCGUCGCCUGGCGCCGCGCCUGCCUCUCAGCAAACUCCCUCGCCGUUCUCUUCCCAAACCUCGCCUCCUACACCCUCACCUUCUCCUGCGACGACCACAGCUACACCAUCCCGGCCUCCGUCCCCACCCUCCGCUGCUCCAUGACAAACGUCUGGCACCACCAGCUCAUGCGCCGCCAACAACUUGCCGAGUCGGACCCUGAGAUCCGCGACCGCUGCUACGCCUGGAUCCGCAAAGUCGCCGAG